CAAUGCCUUAACUGUAUGUGCGUCAUCAGGCCCGAGAGCCUCUCCAUCCUUGCCAAGGGGAGUACUAAUGUUCUCUCCUUUCAUACCAUAAUUUUGGAUGUUUCCUGUUGUUUCUACAUCACAGGAUUACAUUGUAAUGGAGAAAGGACCACUGGCCUCGUGGGAUUGGCUGUAUGUGACACGCCACACGAUAGGCUAAGAAUAUUGUACACAAAGAUUCUUGAUGUUCUUGAGCAAAUCCCUAAAAAUGCCGCAUAUAGAAAGUAUACAGAGCAGAUUACAAAUGAGAAACUGGCUAUGGUUAAAGCGGAACCAGAUGUUCAGAAAUUAGAGGACCAACUUCAGGGUGGCCAAUUAGAAGAGGUGAUUCUUCAGGCUGAAAAUGAACUAAGUCUGGCGAGAAAAAUGAUGCAAUGGAAACCUUGGGAGCCGUUAGUGGAAGAGCCUCCUGCUGAUCAGUGGAAAUGGCCAAUGUAAUCAUUAAAUGACUUUGGUGGGUUGAUGGGAAACUGAUGUAAUUAAACAUUCUGUUAUAUUAAAAA